AUGUCAGUUUGUGUUUCGUCCGCCGGAGGAACGCUCGGUGUCGACGCGAUGUCACUUUCCCAGAUGGCGCUUCCCUCGUCCAUGAUGCUACCGCUGGCUCACUCUACACCUUCCAUGGGUGGCCACCAUCACCCGUUGCUGGGCCAAGGCAUGUCCAACGGUCAGACAGGGAUUGGCCCGAUUGGCACCAUCGAUGGGAACCCGUCGAUGGGAGGAUCAUCGGGACUUCAUCACAACGGAAACUCCAACCAUAACAACGGUACCAGUCUCGCCGGUCUAUCCUCACUGCACGGCCACGGUAGCUCCCACGAUGGACGUUCCUCCGCAGCUGGUGCGACGACGGGGGAGCUCGGGGAUCACCAUCCAAAUCCCGAAAUGCUAUUAGCACUGAUAGCGCGCAACAAGGCCCUCGAAGCAACCAUUCCAAAGUGCGGUGGUUGCCACGAGCUGAUCCUGGACCGGUUCAUCCUGAAAGUGUCCGACCGGACGUGGCACGCCAAGUGUCUGCAGUGCAGCGAAUGUCGGGUGCAGCUGAACGAGAAGUGCUUCGCCCGCAACGGUCAGCUGUUCUGCAAGGACGACUUCUUCAAGCGCUACGGCACGAAGUGUGCGGCCUGUGAUCUCGGCAUUCCUCCGACGCAAGUGGUCCGGCGGGCGCAGGACAACGUCUACCAUCUGCAGUGCUUCAUGUGUUCGAUGUGCUCCCGGCAGCUCAACACCGGCGACGAGUUCUACCUGAUGGAGGACUGCAAGCUGAUCUGCAAACCGGACUACGAGGCGGCCAAGGCGAAAGGGCUGUACCUGUCCGACGGUUCGCUGGAUGGGGAGUCGUCCAACAAGCGGCCACGUACCACCAUCACCGCCAAACAGCUGGAAACGCUGAAGAGCGCCUACAACAGCAGUCCCAAGCCGGCCCGGCACGUCCGGGAGCAGCUCUCGCAGGACACCGGUCUGGAUAUGCGUGUCGUGCAAGUUUGGUUCCAGAACAGGCGGGCGAAAGAGAAAAGGCUUAAGAAGGACGCGGGUCGAACUCGGUGGAGUCAGUACUUCCGCUCGAUGAAAGGCACGUCCUCACCGAGCAGACACGAUAAACUGCUCGACAAGGACGAGCUGAAAAUCGAUCUCGAUAGCUUCAGCCAUCAUGACCUUAGCAACGAUAGCUACAGUACGUCCAAUAUGGGCCUGGAGGACCCGCUGUCCGCUUCGCCACACAGUGCCCGAGGGUCCUACAUCCACGGCAACGGAAGCCCUCCGCCGUACCUCUCCAGCCACUCACCUCCGCCCAUGGGUUCCGGCCAUCCGUACGGGUCGUAUCCGGACAACAUCGUCUACACACCACUAGGUCAACCCCUAAGCUCAAUGCACCCUGGAGCUCGCCCCCCUGGGCUGCACGGUAGCGCAGUGUCGGACCUCAGCAACGAUUCUAGUCCCGCGCAAGGCUAUCCCGACUUUCCGCCGAGCCCCGACUCCUGGCUCGGUCCCGACUGUCCAGCUCCCUCCAGCGCAGGUCCUCCAUCCACGGCGCAACCCCUUGGCCUCAGUCAGCCACCGAACCAACCGAAUGGGACUUCAGCGCUACACUACUGA